AUCUGCUACUUUUUCCUGGAAGUGGAAUGUUCCACCAAGGACCUUCACUCUGGUGUAUUUGGGGGCACAGUACAUGAGGGGAUGGCUGACCUUAUUGCACUCCUGAACACCCUGGUGGACAGUAAAGGGAAGAUCCUGAUUCCAGGGGUAUAUGACUCUGUUGCCAAACUGACAGAGGAGGAAAAAAAGCUGUAUGAACCCAUUGAUUUCGAGCCUGAGGAGUAUAAGAAGGAUGUAGGAGUGACAAGUUUGAUCCACAGUGAAAAGGAGGACAUUUUGAUGCAUCGUUGGAGAUACCCCUCACUCUCCAUACAUGGAAUUGAGGGAGCAUUCAGUGAACCAGGAGCAAAGACUGUGAUUCCUAAGAAAGUGAUUGGAAAAUUCUCCAUUCGUCUUGUACCCGAUCAACAUCCAGAUGAAAUAGAAAAACUCGUCAACACUCACAUUCAGAAGAAAUUCAGUGAGAGAAAUAGUCCAAACAAAAUCAAGAUUUCAAUGGGCCAUGGAGGAAAGCCAUGGGUCAGUGAUUUCAAUGAUCCUAACUACAUUGCUGGCAGGAAAGCAAUGAAAACAGUGUUUGGAGUUGAACCUGAUUUGACCAGGGAAGGAGGAAGUAUACCGGUGACCUUGACCUUUCAGGAGGCCACAGGAAAGAAUGUGAUGCUUCUACCAAUAGGGGCAUGUGAUGAUGGCGCCCACUCCCAGAAUGAGAAAAUAGACAGGUCAAACUAUAUCAAGGGGACAAAAGUUCUGGGAGCCUACAUGAUGGAAUUGGCUGCAUUAUAAGGAAGGAAAUCUUCACGCUGUUAAAGAUUGUGAUAUGUCAUUUCUCAUUUCAAGUAGUGUAGGAAAAUCAGAGAGUGCUUACAGUAUAACUAAAAAAAAUAUUAUGUGCA